UCGUUUCAAAUUAAAGGAAGCAAAACGCAAAAAUGGAAGCUCAAAUCAUUUCCAAAGAAAUUGUCAAACCCUCUUCUUCAACACCACAACACCUAAGAACCCACAACCUCUCUCUCAUUGGCCAAUUAACUCCCCCAGUUUACAUUCGCAUCAUUCUCUUUUAUUCAGCAACUAGUGAAAAUUCCUCCAUAAAAUCUCAUCACGAGAAGACGUCCUUCUCAGAGACAUUAACCCACUUCUAUCCUCUAGCCGGACGAAUCAAAAGUAGCUUUUCUAUUGCGGAUGAAGGUGCUUCAUAUAUUCAAGCUUAGGUAGCUGGAAACGUGUCCAUGAUACCGCCCAACACGCGUUGAGGCUGUGGCUGCACUCAUUUAGGGGGCUGUGAUGGCUGCAACCGGAAAAGAAUAUGGAGCAGUAAUUCCUAUGGAUUUACGAAGAAGAAUGGAUCCGCCAUUGCCAAAAAAAAUCUAUUGGAAACAUCUCUCAGUUGGCAAUGGUAAAUUGUGAGAAUACCCUAGACUUAGACAACAAUGACUUAGCAGGAAAAAUUCACAAGUCAAUGAGAAAUGUGAACAAUGAGUAUGUGGGAAGAAAAAGGAGAUGUUAAUUUGGUGUAGACAUCCAUUCUACGAGACCCAUUAUGGGUGGGGAAAGCCAUCUGGGUAAGCGCUGGAGCGACCGUUAAUAACAUUGCCACUUUUAUAAAAACAAAGGAUGGCGAGGGAAUAGAAGCGUGGAUAGGAUUGUGCAAGGAAGACAUGGCUUUUUUUAUUUAUCAGGAUAUUCCUUUAAUAAUACAUUCUCUAAAAUCAAUCCCCCUUAUUCUACACCAACACUAGUUAAUAAAAUUUCGCCCAUUUUAGUAGAAUUUAAUUUUAAUUGCAAUUAAUUUCUAUAAUUGACAUCUUUUUUUUUUUAACUGAAUGUAUAAAAUAUAAAAUUCAAAACCAUAUAAUUUUCCUAAAUUCAUUCCCACCAAUUAACAAACAUAGCCUAAUUUAGAUUCCUUCCUGAACCAUUUCGGAUUCGGACUUAACCGUAUAUAAGCCAAUUCGUUGCUCCGAAGCAAGCAUACACAUGCAUAUCACCCGCUCUAAGCUCUCUCUCACAAGUCACAGCUACACGCAUUUGGAGCUCAAAAGAGAUGGAGGAUAUGGACGAAACGGAGGCCGAUGCUCAGGUUUAUAUGGCAUGCAUUCUACAUGGUCAUCGGGUUGGAAUUUCUUAUUAUGAUUCUAGUAUUCGCCAACUUCAUGUGCUUGAAGUUUGGGAAGAUGGAAGCUCAGACUUCCCCCUGAUUGAUCUCGUAAAAUAUCAGGCUAAGCCUCUCAUUGUUUACACAAGCAGUAAAAGUGAAGAAUCCUUCAUAUCCGCUUUACAACGAAGUGAUGGCACCACUGAGGCUCCUACAGUGAAACUGGUAAAAAGUUCAAUUUUCAGCUAUGAGCAAGCAUGGCACAGAUUGAUAUACCUUCGAGUAACAGGAAUGGAUGAUGGGCUAAACAUCAAGGAGAGAAUUUGUUAUUUGAGUUCUAUGAUGGACAUGGGAAGUGAAGUUCAAGUUCGAGCGAGUGGGGGUCUUCUUGCCAUAUUAGAAAAUGAAAGGAUUGUAGAUACCCUUGAGCAAAAAGAAUGUGGAAGUGCAUCAAUUACAAUAGAUUCAGUCACAGAAAUUUCAUUAAACAAAUUUCUUAAACUUGAUGCAGCAUGUCACGAGGCAUUGCAGAUUUUCCAAGUAGAUAAACACCCAAGCCAUAUGGGCAUUGGCAGAUCAAAGGAAGGGUUCUCCGUGUUUGGCAUGAUGAAUAAGUGUGUGACGCCAAUGGGUCAACGUCUUUUAAGAAAUUGGUUCCUGAGGCCCAUACUUGACCUAGAAAGCUUGAAUGGCCGUCUCAAUGCUAUAUCAUUCUUUUUGUGUUCUGAAGAACUGAUGGUUUCUCUGCAUGAAACACUGAAGUCUGUCAAGGACAUUUCCCGCAUACUCAGGAAAUUUAACUCUCCAAGCUCCAUGUGCACUGCUGGUGAUUGGACUGCCUUUUUGAAGAGCAUUUGUUCACUUUUGCAUGUGGAUAGGAUAUUCAAAGUAGGCAUAUCAGAAAGUCUGCAAGAGCAGGCAAAGCGCUUGAAUCUCAACAUUGUUGAAAGGGUGUCUUCAUGUAUUUCUACAGAACUAGUUGAUCUUUAUGAAUUGGUGAUUGGUGUUAUUGAUGUUAAUAGAAGUAAAGAGAAGGGUUAUGGAACAAUAGUGAAAGAGGGUUUCUGUGAUGAGUUGGAUGAAUUGCGAGAAAUCUAUGAGGAUUUGCCAGAUUUUCUGCAAGAGAUUUCCUCAGUGGAGCUUGCACAACUUCCCCAUUUGAGUAAUCAGAAGAUUGCUCCAUGUAUUGUUUAUAUGCAUCAAAUAGGAUAUUUGCUAUGUAUUUUUGAAGAAAAACUUGAUGAAACCUUACUGGAAAAGCUUCAAGAUUUUGAAUUUGUGUUCUCUGAUGCUGAUGGAGAGACUAAAAGAUUCUUUUAUCGUACCCCAAAAACGCGAGAAUUGGAUUAUCUUCUUGGGGACAUCUAUCAUAAGAUUCUAGAUAUGGAGAGAGCAAUUAUUAGAGACUUGGUGUCACAUAUUAUUCUAUUUUCAGCAUAUCUGCUUAAAGCUGUGAAUUUUGUGUCUGAACUUGAUUGCCUUUUGUCAUUGGCCCUAGUUGCUCGUCAGAACAAUUAUGUGAGGCCCACUUUAACCGAAGAAACAUUUCUUAAUAUACAGAAUGGAAGACAUGUUUUGCAGGAAAUGACUGUAGAUACAUUUAUUCCUAACGAUACAAAGAUUCUUGAUGAUGGAAGGAUUAAUAUCAUCACUGGUCCUAAUUAUUCAGGGAAGAGUAUAUACAUAAAACAGGUGGCUUUGAUUGUUUUCCUUUCGCACAUUGGAAGUUUUGUACCAGCAGAUGCUGCUAUUGUGGGAUUGACUGAUAGGAUAUUCUGUGCAAUGGGAAACAAGCUUAUGACAGCAGAAAAAUCAACGUUCAUGAUAGAUCUGCAUCAAGUAGGGAUGAUGCUGAGGCAGGCAACUUCACUAUCUCUAUGUCUGUUAGAUGAAUUUGGUAAAGGUACACUUACGGAAGAUGGAGUUGGUCUACUUGGUGGAACCAUAAAUCACUUUAUUGCAUGUGAUGACCCUCCAAAGGUUCUGGUGUGCACUCAUUUGACUGAGUUUUUUAGUGAUAUUUACUUGCCAAAGUCUGAGAGGGUAAAGUUUUACACCAUGAGUGUGCUGAGGCCCGACAACAAUUCUACAGACAUUGAGGACAUUGUAUUUCUAUAUCGGUUGGUUCCUGGACAUACUCUUCUUAGUUAUGGGCUACAUUGUGCGCUACUUGCUGGUGUUCCUGCAGAAGUAAUUAAGAGAGCAGCAGUAGUAUUGGAUGCUAUUGGAAAUAACAACCAUGUUGAGCGAUUAUGCAAUGAAAACAUAUCAGCCCAAGAUAAGCAAUGCAAGUGCAGGAUGCGGUGGACAAGAUGUUGGCAUUGGAUAUUCUUAAUAGUGACCUCAACCUCUUCUUCCAAGAUAUAUUUCCUCCUUGAUAUGCAGAGCUUUAAUUCCUUCAGAAGUUUCAGACAUUCUGUUUACUACAUAUGUUGCAUUGUGAUAAAUGUAGAACAUGAAACACCUAAAAGUUUGGUGCGUUCAUCAGUUUCAGGCUCGCCUACUCCAUCAGUGGCUGACACCAACUAGAACUGGAUGAUUACUGCAUUUUUCCAGCUCUUUCUGAAAAACUUCAACAACCUAAGCAAAUCAUUGAAGAUGUCCUGCUCUCAUGUCAGGAGACUACUACAAUAUGAUCCUACAAUAUAUAUUAGUCUUCAAGUUCCACGUGAUUUUGCUAUCACUCUUUGGUAUGCCAUUAUUUUCUCCAUUUUCAAUAUGUGUAUAAUCCAACCUCAAAUUUCACACUGACGAAAAGAGCGAGCCAUCAAAGUAUACUAGUAGUCUUUUGCUGUCUCUGUUUCUCUCUCUUUCGGAAUUUGAUAUCCUGCGAUGUUACAUUUCAGGCGCCUCUCAUGCUUCAGAGCCUGUAGUAGGCUACACUUUUGAAGAUUCAAAUAAUUGACCAA